AUGGGAAAUCUAUACAUCGAUUUCCAGUCAGAUAAGCGGCAGGAGGACGCACGAUUGCUGUUUACGUGCAGCGAUCAGAACGAAUUCCAAAAUUUAUCCCCCGAAGUGUCUGGGGCCUUAGCACGUUUAUGGCAAGAUCAAGGAGUUCGAGAAUGCUUCAAUCGAUCGGGAGAAUAUCAGUUAAAUGACUCAGCAGAAUACUAUUUUAAUUCACUGCAUCGAAUCAGUGCAGAGGACUACGUUCCGACGCUUCAGGAUGUCUUAAGAACGAGAACCAAAACCACUGGCAUAGCAGAAAUGCGUUUUACUUACAAAAGUUUGAACUUCAGGUUGCUUGAAUUGGGUGGUCAAAGGUCAGAACGGACGAAGUGGAUACAAUGCUUUGAAGGGGUAACUGCCACCAUCUUCGUAGCUGCGUUGAGUGAAUACGACAUGGCUCUGACGGAGCGCCAAUACACGACCCGUAUGGAGGAAUCCAUACAUAUGUUUGGUUCCAUCUGCAACAACAUCUGGUUCAGGGAGACCAGUACGCUUCUGUUCCUCAACAAAAUGGAUUUAUUCAUGGAAAAAAUUGGUCGGUCACCGCUGAACAAAUAUUUUCCAGCAUACAAUGGUGAGAACACCUAUGAGGAAGCCAGUGAAUACAUACGGCACACAUUCGAGUCAAUCAACAGCUACGCAGCAGAAAAGGAGAUCUACACACACUUCACUUGCGCUACGGACACUACAAACAUUCAGUUCGUAUUCGAGUCAGUUACCGAUAUGAUCAUCAGAAACAAUCUAAGAUGGAGCGGGCUCUUAUAG